UCCGCAGAACCCGAAGCGUGCGGGUUUUUCAUCACUCCCAGCUUUACCGCUGCUAACCUCCGUCGCCAACUCCGCCACCUUCCACACCGCACGCCACCUUUCCCAGCCGGCCGUACUUCGCUUUCUCAGUUUCGCAAUCCUCACUCGCCGCCAUGGAGGAAAACGACGGCUCGGCGGAAGAGGAAAGAAGCAGAGUGUUUACGCAGCUGAAAUCGUACUGCUUCGACCUUCUCCAGCUUUUCCAAAACCCGAAGAAGACCUCCUCCUCCUCCUCCUCAGUCUCUUCUCUUCUUCAAUUCCUCCGCCAGACUCCGUCUCAUUCUCUCCAGCCGUUCUUCGACUAUACGUUGUUUCCGUUGCUGCUUCUAUUGGAUGAAUCUGUGGAGUGUAGGUCCCCAAAGAAGCUUGGUUCUGAAGAAAACGUUGCGAGUGCUACUAUCACAAAAGCUCCCCAAAAAGUGAGUGAUAGCGUGGCAGAAGGUGUGCUUCAGUGUCUGGAGGAACUCCUCACGAAGUGUCUCUUACGAUCUGUAGAUCAGAUGGUUGUUGUGCUCAAGAAGUUGACAAAUGGGGCUUUGCUUUCACCAUCUGAUGCCUCAGAAGAGUUUCGUGAAGGAGUUAUUAAGUGUUUUAGGGCACUGCUUCUGAAUUUAUUUCCAUGCUCUGAUAAGUCUUGCACAUGUAGUCAACUUUUUGGUCUGCCUAUUCUUUUAGAAAAGAGGAAUUUCAAAUCUCCACCCAUGGGCUCUCCAAAGUACGAUUCAGCAUCAGAUGAAUGUAUACUUUCAUUUUUACAGUCACAAGCUGCUUCUGCAGCUGUUGGACAUUGGCUAUCUCUUCUUCUCAAAGCUGCUGACAAUGAGGCUGCACGAGGACAUCUAGGCAGUGCAAAGCUUCGUGUUGAAGCGUUUCUGACUCUUCGUGUGCUUGUUGCUAAGGUUGGUGCUGCUGAUGCAUUGGCCUUCUUUUUACCUGGUGUUGUUAGUCAGUUUGCUAAAGUUUUGCAUGCAUCCAAAUUGAUGAGCAGUGGAGCUGCUGGAAGUGGGGAUGCAAUUGAUCAAGCAGUUAGAGGUUUGGCUGAGUAUCUGAUGAUAGUGCUGCAGGAUGAUGCUAAUUUAUCUGGAUGUGAUAUGUCAAUAAUUGUUACUUCUGACAAAAAGUUUGAGUCUACACAAUCUUUUAUGGAUGAGCUUCGUCAAUUGCCUAAAGCACAUGCUCAAAGUAAAGUUUCACUAGACGAUUCAAGUGAUCAAUUGAUAACAAGUAUUUCCAAAUCUGAGAAGAACAUUAGUUCUGGCAAGGGCGAAUCUUUUCAUGUAAAGCGUACGAAUGAUUGGAUUGAGAAAACUUCAGGUCAUGUGGAUAAACUUUUGGGCACAACUUUUCGACAUAUUUGCAUUCAUCCAGCAAAAAAAGUGAGAGAAGGGCUCCUGGCUUCCAUACGAGGACUGUUGUCAAAGUGCACAUAUACGCUGAGGCAGAGUAGACAAAUAUUUCUGGAGUGCUUAUGUGUUUUGGUUAUUGAUGAAGUGGAAGAGGUGUCUUCAGGUGCACAGGCAUUUCUUGAAAAUUUAUUCUCAUUAAUUGGAAAAUAUCAAUUGGAACAAGAUGUUGCUCAGAUUUUUAGCAGGCUCAUUGAUAAACUUCCAAAAGUGGUGCUUGGGAGUGAGGAAUCAGUUGCACUGUCACACGCUCAGCAAUUACUUGUGAUCAUGUACUAUUCUGGUCCUCAGUUUGUGGUGGAUCACAUCCUUCAGUCUCCUGUAACAGCUACUCAAUUCUUGGACAUUUUUGCUAUAUGUAUGAGUCAAAAUUUGGUAUUUGCUGGAUCCCUUGAUAAGCUUAUUACAUCGAGGCCAUCCUCAGUAAGAUACCUACACUCUGUUUCGGAGUUGAAAGCUGGAAUUAACCUUACCAAUGAUUGCGUAAUAAGUAUGGCUGCUACACCUCAAAAUUCAAAGAUUAUGGCCAUCCAGGAGAAAUACACACCCCAUACAUCAGAUAAUUCCCAGAAGAAAUAUGAGCUUCCGCACAUGCCUCCUUGGUUUGUUUACAUUGGGGGUCAAAAACUAUAUCAAUCUCUUUCAGGAAUUCUCAGACUUGUGGGUCUAUCCUUGAUGACAGAUAUAAAGAAUGGGCAACAUCUGGCACUUAUCACUGACAUUCCACUGGGUUACUUGCGAAACUUAGUUUCUGAGGUCCGCAUGAAGGAUUAUAAUGAAACAAGUUGGCACUCAUGGUAUAAAAGAACUGGUUCAGGACAGUUGUUACGCCAGGCAAGCACUGCUGUAUGUAUCCUGAAUGAGAUGAUAUUUGGUAUAUCGGAUCAAGCCCCUGCAUAUUUCAGAAGAAGGUUUCAAAAGUCGAGAAGAAAAUGGCAAGAAGUUCAGGAAUCUGAUGCAGAAUUUGUUGGUGCCCAACCAUUUAAUACCGAAUUAUCCAUGUUUGGUGAAUCUAGGUGGAAAGUUUUCCAGGAUGAGGGUUUAAGGAGUCACUUGAUUGAUUGUAUUGGUAGAAUUUUACAUGAAUAUCUAUCUCCUGAAGUGUGGGACCUUCCAACAGAAAAUAGAUCUUCAACUAUACUUCAUGACUAUGAAGCUGAGGAUAUUAGCAUAAACUUAUUUCAUGACACAGCUAUGUUACACCAGGUUAUUAUUGAAGGAAUAGGCAUAAUCAGUAUUUGCAUUGGAGGUGAUUUUUCGUCAAGUGGAUUUCUUCAUCAGUCACUUUAUAUGUUGCUCGAGAACCUCAUUUCUUCAAACUAUCAUGUUAGAAGCGCUUCUGAUGCUGUAUUGCAUAUCCUGGCUGAUACAUCUGGUUAUCCGUCAGUUGGGAAUCUGGUAUUGGGGAAUGCAGAUUAUGUGAUAGAUUCAAUAUGCAGGCAAUUACGCCAUUUGGAGAUUAAUCCUCAUGUACCAAGCGUGCUUGCUGCAAUGCUAUCUUAUGUUGGAGUAGCUUACCAGAUAUUGCCUUUAUUUGAGGAGCCAAUGCGCUCAGUUUCUCUAGAGCUUGAGAUUCUUGGCAGGCAUCAGCACCCUGAAUUAACGGUUCCCUUUUUAAAGGCUGUGGCAGAAAUUGCCAAGGCAUCAAAGCGUGAGGCAUGUUCAUUGCCGGCCCAUGCAGAGUCCUACUUGUUCGAUGUCAAAACUAAAAUAUAUGAUACGGAAAAGAAAGAUGAGGAUGACAUUACUAUGUCUAAUGAGGAAUCAGAGAAAUGGGAGAGCAUUUUGUUUAAGCUGAAUGAUUCAAAGAGAUACAGACGAACAGUUGGAGCUAUUACCAGUUCAUGUAUCAUGGCCGCAACCCCAUUACUUGCUUCAGAAAAUCAAGCAGCUUGUUUGGUAGCCUUGGAUAUAGUUGAGGAUGGUGUUAUGUCAUUGGCAAAAGUGGAAGAGGCCUAUCGCCAUGAAAGAGAUACUAAGGAAGCAAUUGAAGAAGUAAUUAAGCUGUAUUCACUCUAUCAUCUUCAAGAUAAUUUAGAUGCUGCGGAUGAAGGGGCUGAUGAGAAUCGGUUGCUUCCAGCAAUGAAUAAAAUAUGGCCUUUCCUGGUUGUCUGCAUUCGAAAUAAAAACCAAGUGGCUGUUCGAAGAUGUUUAUCAGUAGUAAGCACUGUGGUUCAAGUUUGUGGGGGAGAUUUCUUUUCUCGACGUUUCCACACUGAUGGCUCCCACUUCUGGAAACUUUUAUCCACCUCUCCAUUUCAUAGAAAACCCAACUUAAAAGAAAGGAUUCCUCUGCAACUUCCUUACAGAAGCACAUCCAAUUCUUCAGAAAGCUCCAUGGCUGAAACUUCUAACCUGAAAGUCCAGGCUGCAGUGCUCAACAUGAUUGCUGAAUUGUCCCGAAACAAUAAGAGUGCUUCGGCAUUGGACAUUGUCCUCACGAAGGUCAGUGGUCUUGCAGUAGGGAUAGCUUGCAGUGGCGUCACUGGUCUACGUGAAGCAGCUGUAAAUGCCCUCCAAGGUUUUGCAUCUGUUGACCCUGAUCUUAUAUGGCUUCUUAUGGCUGAUGUUUAUUAUUCUAUGACGAGAAAAGAUAUACCUUCACCCCCAACACCAGAUAUUCCUCCAAUCUCCCAAAUUUUACCCCCACCCUCAUCUCCAAAAGAGUACCUUUAUGUUCAGUAUGGAGGUCAGAGUUAUGGUUUCGAUGUAGACUUUGCUUCUGUUGAAACUGUAUUCAAGAAACUUAACUCUCUUGUUUUUGUUGACCAAAUGUACAGUUAAACUUUCCAUUCACAAUAGUGUAUAUACAAGUAAUAGUUCAAA